GAAGAACGGGGGCGGCUCCGGGGAUGCUCCGCCUGGUCCCGGGGGGAUGCCCCGGGGGGAUCCGGGGAUGCUCGGCUCGGUCCUGGGGAUGCUUUUCCCGGUCCCAGGGAUGUUCUGCCCGGUCCCGGGGAUAGUUUUCCCGGUUCCAGGGAUGUUCUGCCCGGUCCUGGGGAUCCUCUUCCCGGUCCCAGGGAUGUUCUGCCCGGUCCCGGGGAUAGUUUUCCCGGUUCCAGGGAUGUUCUGCCCGGUCCUGGGGAUGCUUUUCCCGGUCCCGGGGAUGUUCUCUCCGGUCCCGGGGAUGCUUUUCCCAGUCCCGGGGAUGUUCUACCCGAUCCUGGGGAUGCUUUUCCCAGUCCUGGGAAUGUUCUCCCCGAUCCUGGGGAUGCUUUUCCCAGUCCUGGGAAUGUUCUCCCCAGUCCCGGGGAUGCUUUUCCCAGUCCCAGGGAUGUUCUACCCGAUCCUGGGGGUGCUUUUCCCAGUCCCAGGGAUGUUCUGCCCGAUCCUGGGGAUGCUUUUCCUGGUCCCAGGGAUGUUCCACCCCAUGCUGGAUCUGAACAGGGACCCCCCCCAAGGGACCUCGUAUCCUCCUGCUCAUCCGUGGAUCCCUCCGGGUCGGUGGUUUUUGGGAAUCCCAGGGACCAACGGAGGUGUUUACUGUUUCGGGGGCUGGAAGAGGACGGGGUUUCACCGGCCAUGCAGGAGAACCACGACGCAUCGGCCUCGCCAGCGGCUCCACGUCCCCGCCCCCCCGCCACCGGAAGCGGAAGCGGCCUCCUCACUCUCCCCUCUCCUCCUCCUCCUGCCGUACGCCAUAACGGCCCCCAGCGUUUCGCCGCCUUCCGCAGCCUCCACGGAUCGCCCGGUCUACCGGUGACCUUAAGCUGGGUGCGGAGGUUUGAUGUGACACCCCCCCCCUCCUCCCCCCCCUCACGGAUGGAGCCGGGAAGGGACCCACCAGCUCCCCAAAACUGGGACACGGAGGAGAGGGGUGACCCCCACGCAGAGGGACCCCCCCCCAUCCACCGACACCCCCCCCCAACAGAAGCCAAAUCAGGGGGUUUGGGGGUACCACCAGCCCACGGACGCCCCUAUGGAUGCUACGAGUGCGGGAAAGGUUUUGGCAGCAGUUCGGCUUUAUUAACCCAUCGCCGGAUCCAUACAGGCGAAAAACCCUACAAAUGCCCCGAAUGCGGCGAUCGCUUCAAUCAAAAUUCGGCAUUAGCAGCUCAUCGCCGGAUCCAUACGGGCGAAAAACCCUAUAAGUGCCCCGAAUGCGGGAAAGAUUUCGGUCACGGUUCAACGUUGGUUAAACAUCGUAGAAUACAUACGGGCGAAAAACCUUACGUUUGCGAAGAAUGCGGGAAAAGCUUUAGUAUCCGUUCAACCCAUAUCCGACAUCGGAAAACCCAUACGGGUGAACGACCCUAUAGAUGUCCCGAUUGCGGGAAAAGUUUUAGCGAUAGCUCUUAUUUCGUUCAACAUCAACGCCUUCAUAUAGGCAACAUGCCAUACGUUUGUCGCGAUUGUGGGAAACAUUUUAUGUGGAGUUCGGCUUUAAUUCGUCAUCGGCGAAUCCACACCGGUGAGAAACCCUAUAAGUGUAUGGAUUGUGGGAAGAAUUUUAGCGAGAAUUCAACGUUAUUACGGCAUCGACGGAUCCAUACGGGUGAGAAAUUCUAUAAGUGUACUCAAUGUGGGAAGAGCUUCAAUGACAGCUGCUCGCUGAUGCGUCACCAACGUGUCCACACCGGUGAAAGACCCUACCAGUGUCACCAGUGUGGGAAGAGCUUCGCGGACAGCUCGACCCUCAUAUCUCACCAACGGACCCAUACAGGCGAGCGACCCUACGCCUGCCCCGAUUGUGGGAAGAGCUUUACUGAGAGCUCUACGCUCAUCACCCAUCAUCGUAUCCAUACUGGAGAGAAACCCUAUACGUGUUCCGAUUGCGGGAAGAGCUUCAGUCAAAGCUCCAACUUGGUGACCCAUCAACGUAUCCAUACGGGUGAACGACCCUAUAGCUGUGCCCAGUGCGGGAAGAGUUUUUACCGGAGCUCAGAUCUCGUCCGUCAUCACCGGACCCAUAUCAGGGACCACCGAAAAUGAAGGGGGAUGGUCAAGGUCACCCCAUUUUCCAAGCUCCAUGCCACCAACGAUGCUUCCUCCAGCUCCUUGUGGACCAUGAAAUGGUGUCGGCUCAGGAACCACUUCACUUCCCAUCCAAUAUUUUAAUUCUAAUAGGUUUUUUUCCAAGCAUCUUUAGGUUUGAUUUCACCAAAAUAAGGCCAAAAAAAAAGUCUUUAUCAUGGUGAUGCCCUCCUCAAGGGACAAAGGGGACAUGGCAGGAUGGGACCCUGGCUAUUUUUGGGGUGGGGGGGGAAGACAUCCCCACGGGGUAUUUUAGGGUGAUUUUGCGAGGGGAUUUUUCAACCGGUGCUGAAGGGAAUGGGGCUACAAGGUGGGAUUGAGUCAUUUUGAGGUGAAAAAAAAACCCUUUCUCUUCUAGAAUGCUGUUUUAGGGAGAUUUAGACCCGAAAAUCAAUCUCUGCUGUUCCCAUCACGGCAUCAACGUCUGACCAUGGUGGCUGGAAAACCGGGAUGGGGGGUGGUGUAGGAAUAACCUGAGGUUUGAUACCAUUUGGGGGUUAUUUUAUAUUAAAAAAAUACUCAAUAAAAUUAUAUGAAGUGGUA